AGAAAAUAAAGCUUAGUGGCUAAAUUGCAAAUAUUGCAAACUUAUGUGACGAUGCCUUUCUAGUUUCCACCCUAUUUGUUCUGGAAAUUUCUUUUUGCUUAUGGUAACACGAAUAAAUCACCGCCACACUCGCCAACAAAGCGAUUGAAACACCUUGUUCUACACUCGCUGAAAUCUCACUAGAAUUCUCCAAUAUAAUUCACACGCAUAAACCCUAGGAUGCGUAAACAAUUAUUUAUGCAUAUUGUGAAAUUUUCUUUUUUAUGAAUUCCGAUUUUAGCUAAUUUUGAAGCAUUUUUUCGUUUCCCUCCACAGAUCUCUGAAAAAUUCAUCAAUCGGAACCGUAACUCGAGUAAAAUUUCACUGUACAUACACUGAUUCGAUUUUUUCAUAGCGUAUUUGGUUGAAUUUCAUAUAGUGAUCGAUACGGCGUCAUGAUGGAAUUAGGUUUUUAUGUUUACUCAAUUUUGAUUUACGGAUGAUCGAUAAUGCCUCAAUUGCGUAGCGGAGUACGCAUAGGGAGACCAUCGAAACGACCGAUUGCUGCUGAUAAUACCAAACCGAAGCCAGUCAAAGAGGAAGAGAAGAAAACGAUCAAGAAAGGGAGAAAAGCUAAUAGGAAAACAGGACAAAUUAAUCCAGUCGUACAGAAGAACGGACGGGGAAGGAAGAAAGCGGCGGUGGUGAGCGAUGAAGACGCCGAUGAGAAGAAUGCAGUAAGAACGACGCCACAGGAAGAAGAGAAAGAUAAAAACGAAGGAUUAGCAGCGGCGGAGAUAAAGAAGGAAAAAGAAGAAGAGGAGGAAGUUGGGGAAAAGGAGAUGGAUGACUACGAUAGUGCAGGCCUGAGCGCCGAUAAGAAUUUGGGUGCUGAAGAAGAAGGCAGCACUGCGCCACUUCCUGAAAGGGUCCAAGUUGGUAGUUCCCCAUCAUAUAAGAUUGAGAGAAAACUUGGAAAGGGAGGAUUUGGGCAGGUAUAUGUUGGGAGACGCAUGAAUGCACCAGUUCCUAAUGAAAGAACUGGUCCUGGAGCAAUAGAGGUUGCAUUGAAAUUUGAACACAGAAGCAGCAAAGGAUGUAACUAUGGGCCACCAUAUGAAUGGCAGGUUUACAAUGCUCUUGGUGGAAGUCAUGGUGUACCACGUGUACAUUUUAAGGGUAGGCAAGGUGAAUACUACAUAAUGGUCAUGGACAUGCUUGGACCUAGCUUAUGGGAUGUCUGGAAUAACAACUCACACACGAUGUCGACUGAAAUGGUUGCAUGCAUUGCCAUUGAAGCCAUCUCAAUAUUAGAAAAGAUCCACUCUAGAGGGUAUGUACAUGGUGAUGUUAAACCUGAGAAUUUUUUGCUUGGUUCUCCAGGAACAUCAGAUGAGAAGAAACUAUUUCUUGUUGAUCUUGGUUUAGCCACCAAGUGGCGAGAUACUUCAUCUGGAUCUCAUGUUGAAUAUGAUCAAAGACCAGAUGUUUUUAGGGGAACUGUUCGGUAUGCAAGUGUACAUGCUCAUCUUGGAAGAACAGGAAGUCGAAGGGAUGAUUUGGAGUCACUUGCUUAUACGCUUGUGUUUCUUCUUCGUGGUCGACUACCAUGGCAAGGAUUCCAGGGAGAAAACAAAGGGUUCCAAGUUUGCAAGAAGAAGAUGGCAACUCCUCCAGAAACACUCUGUGCCUUCUGUCCUGCUCCAUUUCGCCACUUUGUUGAAUAUGUUGUGAAUUUGAAGUUUGAUGAGGAACCGAAUUAUGCAAAAUAUAUUUCACUUUUUGAUGGAAUUGUUGGCCCAAAUCCUGAUAUUAGGCCCAUCAACACCGAAGGUGCUCAAAAGCUUAUGUAUCAAGUUGGGCACAAGAGAGGAAGAUUUACAAUGGAGGAAGGAGAUGAAGAACAACCAAAGAAGAAGGUUCGAAUGGGAACACCUGCAACUCAAUGGAUAAGUGUUUACAAUGCACGUCGCCCAAUGAAACAGAGGUAUCAUUAUAACGUGGCAGAUGUGAGACUUCAUGGACAUAUUCAGAAAGGAAAUGAAGAUGGAUUAUUCAUCAGCAGUGUGGCUUCUUGUCAAAACUUAUGGGCUCUUAUCAUGGAUGCUGGAACUGGAUUCACUCAUCAAGUUUAUGAACUCUCCCCCAUGUUUCUCAACAAGGAUUGGAUUAUGGAACAAUGGGAGAAGAACUACUACAUAAGUGCAAUAGCAGGUGCCAACAAUGGGAGCUCCUUGGUUGUAAUGUCGAGGGGUACUCAAUACAUUCAGCAGUCGUAUAAAGAAGUAAAUGGGCAAUUGUUAUGUCCCGUGGUGCUGGAUUUUCUGAUCAGGUGGUGGAGCUGGACUUUUUGUAUCCGAGUGAAGGCUGCUUUUGUUCUUAGUGUCCCAAGAAGAAAGCCUGCAGAUGAGACACAGGAAACAUUGCGCACUUCCGCGUUUCCUAGUACACAUGUUAAGGAAAAAUGGGGGAAGAAUCUGUAUAUUGCUUCAGUUUGUUAUGGUCGGACGGUGUCAUGAGAUGUCACAGUCGGUUUAGUUUUACGUUCAUCUACAUACAGAUCUAUCUAUCUGGGGCCUAGAGUUGUGAAUUCAGAUGUUUCUCUACUAGAAGCUGCUACUACUUACUAACUAACGUAAAAGCAAGUUUUUUCUUUCUUUCUUUUUUUUUUUUUUUACCAAAUUUUGUACAUAUUGAUAAGGGUUUUG